AUGCAGCCAGAACUGAAGGCGGGGGACGGUCCAAUCGGCAUUAUUUGUGCGCCUACUCGUGAGUUGGCUCUUCAGAUCUACUCCGAGGCCAAGAAAGUGGCCAAGAUCUACAACCUGACAGUUAUCUGUGCCUAUGGUGGCGGCAGCCUCUGGGAACAACAGAAGGCUUGCGAGGCUGGCUGUGAAUUACUAGUCUGCACACCGGGUCGUCUGAUUGACUUAGUAAAGAAAAAGUCCACAAACCUGCGCAGAACCACUUUCCUCGUCUUUGACGAAGCUGACAAAAUGUUCAACCUUGGAUUCGAACCGCAAGUUCGCUCUAUUGCCAACCACGUGCGUCCAGAUCGGCAGGCCCUCCUUUUCAGUGCUACCUUUAAGAGAAAAAUUGAACAAUUGGCUCGUGACAUCCUCACAGACCCCGUUCGCAUAGUACAGGGUGAAGUCGGUGAGGCCAAUGAGGACAUCACCCAAAUUGUGCACGUUUUUGACAAGUGGGAUGACAAAUGGCUUUGGUUAACUGCAAAUUUAGUCAAGUUCACGUCAGAGGGAAGUGUCCUCAUCUUCGUAACCCGAAAGGCUCACGCCGAAGAGGUCGCGCAGAAGCUGAAGGCCCGUGAUUUUAAGGUCCUCCUCAUACAUGGCGACAUGCAUCAGUCGGAACGAAACACGGUUAUUCACUCAUUCAAGCGCCAAGAGGCUCCCAUUCUUGUGGCGACUGAUGUUGCUUGUGAGUGCUUUUGCUACUUAACAACAUAG